UAAUAUUGUAGAUUUCGUUAAACCGAGUGAUAAUACAAAUGAUAAUAAGAAUUAUAAUAUUAUUAAAAAAUCAGAUGAAAAGACGAAUUGUGCUACUAAAAGCAAUAACAUUCGUGUAAAAUCGGAAGACAGCAAUAACAAUCGUGUAAAAUCAAAAGAUAAAAAUAAUUUGUUAAAUGGCAAAGAUAAAAUUGCAAAAUCGAAGAUGAAGGUAUUUCUAGAAAACGUAACGCUAACACAACUACCGCCUAAUGCUCCAUCGGUUAGUGAAUUCUAUGCAUAUCAAAAUAUCUUAAUUACUGGUGGUACUGGUUUUAUGGGAAAAGUUUUAAUCGAAAAAUUACUUCGGUCAUGUCCAAAAAUUAGUGCAAUUUAUUUGUUAAUGCGUGCAAAAAGAGAUUAUACGGAUGAAGACCGAUUAAAUAAAAUCUUUAAUAUACCUUUAUUUGACAGAUUAAAAACUGAAAACCCAGAAGCAUUAUCAAAAGUAAAAAUAAUAAAAGGAGAUAUUAGUGAAAUAAAAUACGGUUUAAGUGACGUUGAUAUGGAAUUUUUGAUUAAUAAAAUAAAUAUUGUAUUCCAUGUAGCAGCAUCUGUACGUUUUGACAAUCCGUUGAAGGAGGCUAUAUUAAUUAAUACACGAGGAACCAGGGAAUUGUUAAGAAUAGCGAAACAAAUGAAAAAUUUAAAGGUGUUUCUCCAUACAUCAACUACGUAUUGCAAUAUUGAUAAAGAAACAGAUGCGAUUGAAGAAAAAAUUUACAAAGCGACAACAGAUUGGAAAACUAUGAUUGACGCAGCUGAAAAUAUGGAUGAAAAUACACUAAAUUUUCUCGAGAAAAAGAUUUUGAAUAAAUAUCCAAAUACAUACACUUUUGCGAAAAAUCUUGCCGAAGAAGUUGUGGCUGAAUAUUGUGAAGAUAUACCCUCAGUUAUUUUUCGCCCAACAGUAGUGGUUGCUUCACAAAAGGAGCCAAUUCCUGGAUGGGUGGAUAAUUUUAAUGGUCCAAUGGGCUUAGUAACGGGAGUUUUAAGUGGAGUACUACACACAGUAUAUAUAGAUACCAAGAAGAAUUUAGAUUGGGUUCCGGUUGACAUAGCAAUAAAAGGGAUGAUAACAGCAGCAUGGUAUAAAGCGUUAGAAAAAUCUGAUCGUAAUAAAUGCUUAGUGACCAAUUCAUCAACAACCGAUUUCAUACAAGUUUCCAAUGCAAUGCUUUUUGAAUAUGGUGUAGCUACGAAAGGAAUGGCAGAUCCGUACGCACAAUUAUUAUGGUAUCCAUUUUGCUUUCCUACGCCCCACAAAUAUUUGUUUUGGUUUUAUGUUGUAAUGUUUCACUUGAUUCCAUCGAUGUUUUUCAGCGUUUUAUUAAAAUUCAGCAAACAGCGAUUAAAUUUAUGGAAAUUAUACCGACGAGUAUUUUAUACCAACAUGUGUCUUGCACCAUUCACACUGAACGAGUGGCUAUUUAAAAAUGAUAAUUUCAAAUCCUUAGAUGCAAUUUUAAAAUCAGAAGAUAAAGAAGAAUUUUCGGUAAAUUAUUCUGAAGUUCCGACUAAAGAAUACUUUGACAUUGGACAAGACGGUGCAGCACGAUAUUUGUUAAAAGACAAGAACUUUACAAAAGAAACACUCGAUAAACGAUUAUCCAACUUAAAAAUUAAAUUUUAUAUCCACAUUGUGACUGUCGGAAUUUUUAUCAUUGGUUUUUUGUUUGUUGUGAAUCUAUUCGCCCAAUUAAAAAAAUUCUGAAGUUCC